AGUAUUGCAAUUUUCCUUAGUUACAUCAGUUAAUUUUUAAGGUUCUAUUUCUUUUGUAAAAUGAUAGAAAUUUUAGCGUUAUGCUGGCGGAAGUCGCAGUCUCGCCACCUGCAAGCAGCAACUUGCAUCUUCAUGCAUAUUCCUAUAUCAUAAUUUGUAAACAAGUUUUUAUUCUGUCAAAACCCAAUGAUUCAUAUCUCACCUUUCUUUAAAUCAAACUCUUAUUAUCUCUUCCCCUUACGCCCUGAUCUCUUUUUCUCUCGUUUCACCACGGCCACUGCACCAAAACCACCGCAGCAACACUUGAUUUCCCUCAUUAAAUCAUGCACUCAAAGAUCCCAUUUGCUCCAAAUCCACGCCCAACUCAUCCGCAACUCUCUCCUUCAAGAAUUCGCCUUCUCUUUCCCUCUUUUGUCCCGUGUAGCACUCUCUCCGUUCCAAGAUAUCAGCUACUCCCGCCAAAUUUUCUCUCAAACCCCAAACCCAUCUGUUUUCCAUUACAAUACCAUGAUAAGAGCUUAUUCUCGGAGCAAUUCACCUAUUGAAGGGUUUUUGUUAUAUCAGGAUAUGCGACAGAGAGGUCUACGUGCGGAUCCCUUAUCUCUGUCUUUUGUUAUUAAGUGUUUUGUUAGAGUUUGCUCUUUAAUGGGUGGUGUUCAGGUUCAUGCUAGGAUUUUAAGGGAUGGUCAUCAAUCAGAUAGCGUAUUGCUUACUAAUUUGAUGGAUCUAUACUCCCUUUCCGAGAAGGGAAAUGAAGCGUGCAAAGUGUUUGAUGAGAUACCUCAAAGAGAUAUUGUUGCUUGGAAUGUCUUGAUUUCCUGUUUUAUUCGUAAUCAUAGGACCAGGGAUGUUUUAGUUUUAUUUGACGGUAUGGUAAGUGGUGAAUUUUUGUGUGAACCAGAUGAUGUCACAUGCUUGCUUCUGCUUCAGGCUUGCGCGAACUUGGGUGCUCAUGAAUUUGGAGAAAAGGUUCAUGGUUACAUUCAAGAACACGGUUAUGGUGAUGCUAUGAAUCUGUGCAAUUCGCUUAUAGCUAUGUAUUCACGGUGCGGGUGUUUGGACAAGGCUUAUGGUGUGUUUAAGAGCACACGCAAUAAAAAUGUCAUUACAUGGAGUGCCAUGAUUUCUGGUUUUGCAAUGAAUGGGCAUGGAAGAGAAGCUAUUGAAGCAUUUCGAGAGAUGCUAAGAAUAGGUAUUUUGCCUGAUCAUCAAACGUUUACUGGAGUUCUUUCUGCUUGUAGUCACUGUGGGUUGGUUGAGGAGGGAAUGCUGUUUUUUGAUAGAAUGACCCGAGAUUUCGGGAUAGCUCCCAAUAUUCAUCAUUAUGGGUGUGUGGUUGAUCUUUUAGGUCGUGCAGGUGAGCUUGAUCGGGCAUAUCAGGUUAUAAUGUCAAUGAAGGUCAAGCCAGAUUCAACAAUUUGGAGGACCUUACUAGGGGCUUGUAAGAUUCAUAGGCACGUUACACUUGGAGAACGUGUGGUUGGGCAUUUAACUGAACUAAAGGCUCAGGAAGCUGGGGAUUAUGUAUUGUUGUUGAGUAUAUACUCCUCUAUUGGGAAUUGGGAGAAGGUGACGGAACUGAGAAAGUUUAUGAAGGAGAAAGGUAUCCAAACUACACCUGGAUGUAGUACAAUUGUAUUGAAGGGUGAGGUGCAUGAGUUUGUUGUGGAUGAUGUUUCUCACCCUAGAAAGGGAGAGAUUUAUGAUAUGCUGGAUGAGAUUAAUGAGCAGCUCAAGAUUGCUGGUUAUGUUGUCGAACCAACGUCUGAACUGCACAAUUUGGGUGCAGAAGAAAAGAAAUAUGUUCUUUCUUAUCAUAGUGAGAAGUUGGCAAUUGCUUUUGGAGUUCUCGCAACACCACCAGGCACAACAAUUAGAGUAGCCAAGAAUCUUCGGAUCUGCGUUGAUUGUCACAACUUUGCCAAGUUUGUUUCAGGGGUUUAUAAUAGACAAGUAAUCAUCAGAGAUCGUACUAGGUUUCAUCAUUUCUCCGAAGGAAGCUGUUCCUGCAAUGACUACUGGUAAUAAUAAUUGGAGAAGAGACACUUAUGGCAACAAAACCCAAGUAUCAGCAUGCAAUGCAUUUACUGUGAUUGAACCAGUUUCAGGGUAAACAUCAAUCUAUCUCGACAGAGCGCACCAAUGGUUGAAAUUUGUGCCUAUUUAGAGAUAUGUGUGAAGUAUCAAGUCAUUAUCACACAAUGUCAAAAAGAGGAAACAAUAAGUAAGCAGCUUAAGUGCUAGACAUCUUCUCCAGUGUGAAUAAUGGCCGAGAGGGAUUAUGGAACCUGACAACCUGGAAAUCCUGAACCUAUUGAAGAUAAACAGAUUACAGAUGCCUUGGUUAGUUAUUGCCGGUUGCAUAAGCAUAUUGUUCAAUGUUGCAUAAGCAUCUCUGUGAUUGCAUUUAAACCUGGAAAUUUUGAGUGUCCUCAUCUGGUAUUUUAUCAAUUAGCAAGACUAGAGUUUACAGGCCAAAAAUACCAAAAAUUUUGUAUUUGGCUUCUGACGUAAAACAUUUUCCGCAUCCACAUCAACCAUAUAAUGUGAAGCAGCCACCGGUGGUACUCACAGGAUUUAAUUUCACGUUGUCAAUAGAAAACGCAGAAGCAAUAAGAUUAAUUUUACAUAGACAGCACAUCAACUUAGAAGUUAUAAUAAUAAAAUACAUCAAUUUCAUUUUUAUACCAUAAAAUCUGUUUUACAUUAUUUUGC